AGAAUUAAAACCUAUUCACCCCGGAGAAAUAUUGAAAAGCGAGUUCCUCGAACCUUUGAGUAUGAAAGAAGAGGAAUUAGCUGAGAAUAUUCAAGUCAAAAAGUUGGUUAUUCAGGAUUUGUUGACUAAAAAAGGCAACAUGACAGUUGAUUUAGCCUAUCGCCUUUACUUUUAUUUUGGCGUAAGUGCCGAAUAUUGGCUAAAUUUCCAAAAAAAUUAUGACUUGGAGACUUAUCAAGAAUUAGCGGAAAAAGAGAUUAAAAAGCAAAUUCAACCUUAUCCUCGUCCAGAACAGACUCGCAAUCAUUAG